UAUACCACAUGGGACACAAAGCCUACCUCGAGCAGCAACACGCCGCUCUGGAGAGAAUAAAACAGCAUCAGGAGGCUGCCGCGAGGCAGCAACAACAGCAGCAGCAGCAGCAACAACAACAACAACAGCAGCAACAGCUCCAACGGCAAACCCCUCCGCCACCCCCUCCGAGUCAAAUACAACAACAGAGUCAAAGCAAUACCGGGCCGUCCACGCCGCAAACGCCGCAAAUGCAAUCGGCGAGUGCGCAUCUUCAGCACAAGGACUUCCAAGAGAGGUUAAGUGUUUUCAGAGGUGCCGCCGCCGCGGUCGGCUCGUCGGUUCCACAUAUCACUGGUGCGGACCUGGAAGGCCUGGCGGACAUCCUCAAAACAGAGAUCACGUCGUCGUUAACGAACCUGAUCGACAGUAUAGUGACGAGAUUCUCGCAACAGAAAAGGUUUCUUGGAAAGCAGAGCGAGGCGGCGCAAAUGGCCGCCGAACAAUUGAACAAGGACCUGCUGUUGGCGAGCCAGGUACUCGAAAGAAAAUCACCUAGGACGAAAGUAGUCGAUAGAGGAGCGCCACAACCACCCGGUGGCCCAAACGGGCCACGGGGGCCCCACAAUGGAGGGCCCCCUCCUACGCACUCUACGGGUUUCCCUCAAAUCGGACUCAUGAGUGGUGGGCCCCAUGGUCCUCAUUCUGGCCCCACGGAAAACAAUCUUAAUCAAAUGAACCAAUUGCCGCCGCAUGCCAGGCCGAGUAGCGGAUUAUUUCAAACGCCGAAACCACCGACGAUAUACGCCAUGACCUCCAUGCAAGCGCAGCAACAGCAACAACAACAGCAGCACCAACAGCAACGCGAACACCAGCAGAGAGAACAGCAACAACGCGAACAGUACUGCAACGUGCGGAAUGACGAGAGAGAGAACAGGGAUUCGGAACAGAACGAGGCUCUUUCGCUUGUCAUGACACCGAAGAAGAAACGCCAUAAGGUGACGGAUACGAGGAUCACACCGAGGACAGUAUCCAGGAUCUUGGCGCAGGAGGGUAGCUGUUCUCAAGGAGGCAGCGAGAGUCCGCCGCCCCCACCCCCACCGAGACCUUACCACGCUCCGCCACCGAUGCUGCCAGUGUCUCUGCCAACCAGCGUAGCGAUACCAAACCCAAGCCUCCACGAGAGUCAAGUGUUCUCGCCGUACUCGCCGUUCUUCAACCCCCACACGAGUCAUGCGGGCCAGGUACCACCCCGGGCAUCGCAUCAUCUACCUGCAAGUCCUCCAGAUGGAAGUGUAGAACUCAGGGAUUCACCGCCAUUGCCACAUCCGCCGGCUAUACUGCAUCCUGCCUUAUUGGCGGCUGCCCAGCACGGCAAUCCAGACUAUGGACAUCUGAGGAUGGACAGCAAUGAGCGGGGCAGCGAAUGCAACAAUGGCGACAUCAGCUACGACGGAGUGCAGCCUACAUCGUCAACGCUGACGCCGAUGCAUUUGAGGAAGGCGAAGCUAAUGUUCUUCUGGGUCAGGUACCCGUCUUCGUCCAUCCUCAAGAUGUACUUCCCCGAUAUCAAGUUCAAUAAGAACAACACAGCCCAGCUGGUUAAAUGGUUCAGCAAUUUCCGAGAGUUUUACUAUAUCCAAAUGGAGAAAUACGCGAGACAAGCGGUUUCGGAAGGACUGAAGAACGUCGAUGAACUUCGGGUCUGUGGAGAUUCGGAAAUCUAUCGGGUUCUCAACCUUCAUUACAACCGAAACAACCACCUCGAGGUGCCGAGUAGCUUCAGGUAUGUCGUCGAGCAGACGUUAAAAGAAUUCUUCAAGGCGAUUCAGGGCGGCAAGGACACCGAGCAGAGCUGGAAGAAGUCGAUCUACAAGGUGAUCUCAAGGCUGGACGAUCCGGUGCCGGAGUACUUCAAGACCCCGAACUUCCUGGAGCAACUCGAAUGAAUCAGGAGGUCGCGUGGCUCUUACUCUUCGUGCUGUACGGGCUCGUCAGCGCUCGUCGGCUCCCGGUAAAUACCAAGAAAACAAGUAAAGAGAAGAAGAUGGAACGGCCCAGCGAGGAAGGAUCGCAUCCGCCAGGAGGUACACGUCCUUCGCGUAAAGCGCGUUCAGGUAUCCUUAAACUAACAUAUCGCAGAACGAACGUGAGGUAGAGAGAAAGAGAGAUUGCGAGAGAUGUGGGAGAGCUUAACGUUAGGGAGAAUAAUAACGCAAGGAAGAAGGAGAAGCGCAGCGUUUACGGAUGUGUGACGAAGUACCGCGUAUCGAAGGUGGAUAAGAGAUGAAGGUACGCGAUGUACGGAGACAUCGAUCAUCAAACCGGAACGAAAGAAAGGGAGAGAAAAGAAGAGAAACGAUGAGGAGUGCCGACAGAGGAUCAGGCUGUGACCUAAUCACGAGACGACAUCCGCGCGCGAGACAGGUCGGAGAUGUUGUUCUCUGAGCUUCGUGUGUUCGAAAAGCAGAAAGAACAGAUUCCUGACCAGGCGAUCCUAUUCACGGAUCCUUGGUGCACCUCGAGUUACGUUAUUAACGAGGCCAUGAGACGCGUCGCCCCGCCCUGUUCUCGCCGCGGCGGCGCAACACCGAUAUCAAAAAUCACGACGGACUUGGGAGAAUUCCGAAGAGAAUAAGGACGAGAGAGAGAGAGAGCGAGAGCGAGAGAGAGAGAGAGAGAGAGAGAGCGAAAGAGAGAGAGAGCGAGAGAAAGAGAGAAAGAGAAAAAGAGAGAGAGAGAGAGAGAGCGUGGUCAAUGAAACGGCAAGGAUUCACGUGUAUACUACACCGCUUCGAGCGUCGAGCGAAUUGUUUCGAUAUUUGUUGCGUACAGUCCACGGAUCAUACCGCCUAAUUUUAAGACACUACUCGUUUCCCGGUCAGAUUUAGUAGAUGUAGAAAAAACAAAUCGUGCAACAUUCUGUCCACGGCGACGAGCGAGUGGGCGUGGCUUUCGUUCGACCAAAAAGUUACAACGAGGUGCACACAGUACCGUCGUUUCGUCCAUUUUUUUCUUUCAAUUUUUCGAAUCGAAAGAUAGCCAAUGUUUACCGUUGUUGUCUAAUCGUGGAGCGAGAUCCGCUGGACGGAUCCUCCGCAAGCUUCCGAUUGAGAGGCAGAAGAGGAACCCAUCUCGUGGAUCUUCGGGAAUGACGGGGGACGGACGCGUUGCCCUCCGUCCCGCGUCGUUUCGACCGUGUCGGAACAACGAUCAAGUCAGUUUUCACGGGUGCGUUCGCGCGCUCGCGGUAAUCAUUCGCCACGCUGUGUACCUCGUGUGUGUGUGUGUUUUUUCUUUUCGUUUUUCUCCAAGCCGACAUCAGUGUGCUUCGAUCGAGCACCGCACAGACGCACACCCAUCGAUCGUCGUCCCGACAGAGAUUUCUUUUUUCUAGAUCACGGCUGCAACCAACCGCUUGCUCGGCAACGAGCCCCGACCGAUUCGUUCAACAACCGAGCGAACAUGGCGAUUCACGGCGAAUCGACGAAUCGGACCCAAAGUAUAUAUAAUAAUAAACGUCUGUUCGUUUCUUUUAUCCGCGUAACGAGAAAAGCGGCAAAUUAUUUAUCGGUGAAAUUAGAAUGGAAUAUAUCAGACAACCGGCAACGGGCAAUUAUAAAUGUCGUCUGACAGGGCUAACGCGGUCCUGGGAUUAUUUCUCUUAAGUUGUACAUAGAUAAUUGUGUUUCUUAGCGAUCGAAAGUCAAAAGGAAGUGGGUUCAAGAUCGAUGCGACGAUACUUGCCUCGAUUCGAUGCGGAAAAUAGACGCGCGACGAGCGCGCGUCGACACGGUACGGGCAAUUCCCGGCGGUGCUUCGGCGAGUGCCGCGAAUUCCAACGGUGGAUAAACAGCGACGCGUCGAGACACGUUCGCGCGAAACGCGGCGCGACGCGAUCCGACCGUUGCGAUCGCAGACGCGCAACACCCGAGGACUAUUUAGCAUUUUUUUUCGCGGUGGACAAAUAAUUACGCUUUGUCGCUUAACCAAUUAUAUUUUCGCGAGGUCCGUCUCGGCGGCCAGAUGAGACGAGACGAUGCCGGGGAAGAAAAAAAGAAAUUCUUUUAAUGGGCGAAUAAUAAGUUUCGUGGUGUUGCAUUGAGACGGGAAUACGGCGCAACGGAAUCGUGAAACCACGUGUAACAUUUACGUAGAAAUGUUUUUUAUUAAUGGUUAAUAAUUGAUAGACACGAGAGAGGUUAGGCUAGUCGCGGUGACAGAAGUACUCUAGUAGCAGGAACGACAAA